GUCAAGGGUCUGAGCAUCAUCCUGGACAGCACACCAUCAUUCCAAGCUCACAUCAAUAAUGUCACCCGGUCCGCUUAUUUCCAUCUAUACAACAUUAAUCGCCUCGGCCCGUCCCUCACACCCAACAGUACCGCCAUCCUCGUCAACACCCUGGUCCUGACCACCGGACCACCAUGGGGUCCAGAGCCUUCACCCGCUCUGCCCCCUGACUCAAGAACUCCCUCGCACCAGACAGCCAAGGAUCUGCCCCUGCCUCGCAAGAACAGCAGGGUGCAGAGGAUGAAGGCUCCUGUUAGUCUGGCUUUAAGGCGUGUCAUCUCUCACACUUCCAUGUGUAUAAUACCCCCACCAAAAAUCAAGAGUUGUCGUACAAGCAACAGGAAGAGCCUGAUCCUGACGACCACGUCUCCCACGCUGCCUCGCCCGCACUCCCCUCUGCCGCUCCCUGGACACCUCGGAAGCAGCCCUCUGGACAGCCCAAGAAACUUCUCUCCGAGCAACCCGGCACACUUCUCAUUCGCCUCCUCCAGAAGAGCUGACGGACGACGCUGGUCUUUAGCCUCUCUGCCCUCGUCUGGAUAUGGCACCAACACGCCAAGCUCCACGUCCUCCAGUUCCUCUCAGGAGCGGCUGCACCAGCUUCCCUUCCAGCCCACCAUGGACGAGCUCCACUUCUUAUCCAAACACUUUGGCAGCACCGAGAGCAUCACGGACGACGAUGGGGGGCGCUGCUCCCCCCACAUGCGCCCACGCUCCCGCAGCCUCAGCCCGGGACGUUCCUCCUCCUGCUUCGAUAAUGAGAUCGUGAUGAUGAACCACGUGUACAAAGAGCGUUUUCCAAAGGCCACGGCUCAGAUGGAGGGGCGGCUCAACGAGUUCAUUCAGACGUUCUCUCCCGAAAACGUUCUCCCGCUGGCUGACGGCGUCCUCAGCUUCAUUCACCACCAGAUCGCCGAGCUCUCCAGAGACUGCCUGGCCAAAGCCCGAGAGGGUCUCAUCACGUCGGUCUACUUCUUCGAGCUGCAGGAGAACCUGGAGAAGCUCCUGCAGGAUGCCUUCGAGCGUUCAGAGAGCUCCGAGGUGGCCUUCGUCACCGAGUUGGCGAAGAAGCUGCUCAUCAUCAUCUCCCGACCGGCCCGGCUCCUCGAGUGUCUGGAGUUUAACCCCGAGGAGUUCUACCAUCUGCUGGAGGCGGCCGAGGAUCACGCCAAGGAGGGUCACCUGAUGAAGACGGACAUCCCUCGUUACAUCAUCAGCCAGCUGGGGCUGACCAGAGACCCCAUCGAAGAGAUGGUUAACCUGGAGAGCUACGACAGCGAGGGGCCUCUGACACCUGAAACAGACGACUCCACAGAGAGUAAAAUUAGAGCGAUGAAACCACCUGGAGAAGCAGAUUUCCAGAUGAUCAAGCUGAUCAGUAACGGAGCUUACGGUGCUGUGUACCUGGUGCGCCACUUGGAGACUCGUCAGCGGUUUGCGAUGAAGAAGAUCAACAAGCAGAACCUGAUCCUGAGGAAUCAGAUCCAGCAGGCCUUCGUGGAGAGAGACAUCCUCACCUUCGCUGAGAAUCCCUUCGUCGUCUCCAUGUUCUGCUCCUUCGAAACACGGCGCCACCUCUGCAUGGUCAUGGAGUACGUGGAAGGAGGAGACUGUGCCACUCUGCUGAAGAACAUCGGGGCUCUGCCCGUGGAAAUGGCACGCAUGUACUUUGCAGAGACCAUCCUCGCUUUGGAGUACUUACACAACUACGGCAUUGUGCACCGCGACCUCAAACCCGACAACCUCCUGAUUACCUCGAUGGGUCACAUCAAGCUCACAGACUUUGGUCUUUCUAAGAUGGGUCUGAUGAGUCUGACCACCAACCUGUAUGAAGGACACAUCGAGAAGGACACUCGAGAGUUCCUGGAUAAACAGGUGUGUGGGACUCCAGAGUACAUCGCCCCGGAGGUGAUUCUCCGUCAGGGUUAUGGGAAGCCGGUGGACUGGUGGGCGAUGGGGAUCAUCCUGUAUGAGUUCCUGGUGGGCUGUGUGCCGUUCUUUGGAGACACUCCAGAGGAGCUGUUUGGACAGGUCAUCACAGAUGACAUCGUGUGGCCAGAAGGAGAAGAAUCUCUCCCCCUUGAUGCUCAGAAUCUGAUCUCCUCACUCCUGCAGACCAAUCCACUGGUUCGACUGGGAACAGGUGGUGCUUUUGAAGUGAGGCAGCACUCUUUCUUCACGGAGGUGAACUGGAACAGCCUGCUGAGACAGAAGGCAGAGUUUAUUCCUCAUCUGGAGUCGGAGGAAGACACCAGUUAUUUUGACACCCGAUCUGAGCGCUACCAUCACGUGCACUCAUACGACGAGGAGGACACCAACGACGAUGAACCUGUGGAGAUCCACUGCUUCUCCUCCUGCUCCCCUCGAUUCAGCAAGGUGUACAGCAGCAUGGAGCAGCUGUCCCAGCUGGAGCAGAAACACCCCGGGGUGACUCUGAGGGAACACAAGGUCCCGAGGGAGGAACGACUGGCCAAGAGAGAAAGCUUAGGCAGCUUCACCCUCCGGGACAAGAGCUGGAGGACUGGAUCGCCCGAGAUGUGAGUGAAGACCAACACAACUGAAGCAGAAACAGUUUUUGAUACCAUCUAAAUGUCGUCUAGAAUAAACACGUCUAACACACAAUGACUGCUACCUAACUAUCUGCUCCGUCUCCCGGUUCAAUUCUCAAAGAAUAUUGUCCUGAUGAUAUUCCAGCGCAAAGACACCUCAAUAUCAAACGCCAGCCUCUAGUGUUGAGAA